ACUAGGGGGCGACAAAUUAGUAAAUUUACUCCUAAUUUCUAAUUUAAACCACUUAUUAAGCUAACUACGUAUAAGAAAUUAUACAUACAUCUAAGAAAAAAUUACAUUUGUAGGAUUUAUAUAUUAAUGAGGUUUAAUUAUUGAAAUAAAUACUACGUAACAUUUUUUUCUAAAAUAUAUAUAAGCACAGACAAAGGUUCACUUAUUUGUGAUUGAAAACAAAACGAUUGAAGAUCGAAUAUAUCAUACACGUAUCGAUUAUGAAGUUAUUCUUAAUUUUGAUUAUUCCUAUUUAAGAAUGAAUCGCUAAAGUUAACCACAAAAUUUUCUUUAUGCUGUAGAAACUAUUAAUACAGCAUAUUUUAAAAGAUUUCAAAAUUCUAGUAAGUUAUGACCAAUGAAGAACCCUGCAGAAGUAUAUGGAAUAAAUUUUGUGACUCUGUAAGUAGUGGAGUAUUUUGGACUUCUACGGAAUUUAAGUCAGCAUGUCCUCCGAAAAAGAAAAAGAAAAAGCCGGACGAAGAACUCAGUAAGGGAAUGAAAUUAUCAGACGAAGAUACAAAAGAUGGUGUAGAUCCCUCGAUUUCAAAAAAAUCGCCGUUUCAUCGUCCCAGUGAUAUUUGCCCGGAUGUUAAAUCUUCUUGUUAUAUUAAAAUGCAGGAUCCUUGUAGACCAUGUUGUUGCGAUGAUAAACCAAAGCCACCACCUUGCCCGCCAAACCGCCGCCCACAACGAUCACGGGAACCAAUCUGUGGUUGCGAACUUUGUCAGAAAAAUCCUAAUCAUGAGAAAUGUUGUGAUAAGAAUAGAGCAUUUCGCGGUAUAGAUAUCAAUCGUGAAUAUUUCGAGAAAGCGUAACAUUUUUUUUUUAUUAUAUGUCGGUUUAUAUGCUCUAUAUGUAGAAUGAAAUUAUUAAGAAGUGACAUCACUUAUUAUAUUUUAUUAAAUGUAUUUAAAUAAUAUAUAUGCGCGCAUAUAGAAAGAU